AAAAAAAAAAAAAACAAUAAUAAACCGGGGGAAAAAGAAAAGGCAGGCCAGAAGUCAAGAAGAGGAGAGACCGGGGAGGAACGGAGGAGGAAGGCGCUCUGUUGUUUCCGAUCUAUCUUUCUCUCUUUCCGUUUCUCUCUUCGCAACGACUUUGCCGGUUAACCGGCAAGUACAGCUCAUCGGAAGAGAGUCGAAGGAGAGGGGGAUUCCGACAAUAGAGAGAAGCCAGCUCCUGGUAAACGCGGCGGAGCGGGAAGUUGGAACCGUAAAAGGAACAACCAAAUUGACCUCUCCGGCUUGCUAUCCUCUUCUGUAGUCUCUUUAAUCUCCCGAUCGAUUUGCUGAUUCGUCUGUUUGUUUAUCGGCCGCCAUGAACGAGAAGGCGAAUGUUUCUAAAGAGCUCAAUGCCAGGCACAAAAAGAUACCACAACUUGGCUGAAGGCUGGAGCCAUCCUUGAUAUAAUUUGGGAAGCUACUUUAGAAACCCGGGACAACUCCUCCAUCUUGGAAGGCCUUCUCAAAUUGCCCGAGAAUAGGGAAUGUGCAGACUGCAAGGCAAAGGGUCCAAGAUGGGCAAGUGUGAAUUUGGGUAUCUUUAUAUGCAUGCAGUGUUCUGGGAUCCACAGAAGUCUUGGGGUACACAUAUCAAAGGUUCGAUCUGCGACCCUUGACACUUGGCUUCCGGAGCAGGUUGCAUUUAUCCAGUCCAUGGGAAAUGAAAAGGCAAAUAGCUACUGGGAAGCUGAACUGCCUCCAAACUACGACAGAGUUGGAAUUGAGAAUUUUAUUCGUGCAAAGUAUGAUGAUAAGAGGUGGGUACCUAGGGACGGGAAAGCAAAAUCUCCUCCAAGAAGACAGGAUGAAAGUUAUUUGCAAAGGCCAAAGCCAGUUGAAAGAAGUAAGCAUGGGCACACUAGCAGCUCCGAAAAUUUAUUCGAGGGACGGAGGAAUUCACCAGCACAAAUUUCAAAAGACCGAGUUCCUGCGACAAGAAUAAGUAUUCCUGUACCUCCCAAAGGACCUGAGCAAGUAUCUAGGCUUGUUACACCACCUAAGGCUGUCCAGAAAGUUGAACCUGUGGCAGAGCCAGCUGAAGCCGUAAAGAAGGCAGUUGAUCCUACAGCAACUGCCACUCAACCUAAGGUUGAUUAUGCUACUGAUCUUUUCAACAUGCUAUCACUAGAAGGCCCGAAUGAGAAUGGCUCUGAGGCAGCUUCUAGUGAUGAUAAUGGAUGGGCUGGUUUUCAAUCGGCCACUGCUAAUGGAGAAGCAUCGAUAACUGAUAAAGCUGAUCCACAAAAGAUGGGGUCGAAUAACACUCAUUCAACCCCUGUUAUUGAGGAUUUAUUUAAAGAUGAACCUUCUCUAGCAACAUCUUCACUCUCUCAGAAACCCCAGAAGGAUGUUAAGACUGACAUUAUGAGCCUUUUUGAGAAGUCCAAUAUGGUAUCUCCAUAUGCUAUGCAUCAGCAACAAAUUGCUAUGUUAGCGCAGCAACAAUCCCUUCUCAUGGCAGCUGCAGCAAAAUCAGCUGGUGGUUCUGGUUCCACCAACAGUCAGCAACAACUUGCUCUGCUAGCGCAGCAACAAUCCCUUCUAAUGGCAGCGGCAGCAAAAUCAGCUGGUGGUUCUGGUUCGACCAACGGUCAACAACCCGGGGCCAAUGGUAUUAAUUUGCCAGCUCAAACUUGGCCCAACGCUGGGUACCAGAUUCCUGGUUUGAUGGUGCCUGUGGCCAUGCAAAGCGACGUACAGAAACUUAUGCAGAGUGGUAAUUUAGCAACAACAACACAGCCGAUGGGAGUCUCUGCACCAUAUCCAGCAUCUAGGUAGGUACCUCCGACUUCUCUUUGUUUUCCAGAUCCUAUAUUAUUUUCUGAAACCAGUAAUUCUUGGAUUGGCUUGUUUUACUUGAGUAACAAUGGCAGCACCAGCAUAUUACAACCUUAGUAUCUUGCUUUUUCUUCAUCUAGUAUAUUUGAGGAGUAACAACUAACAAGUGGUCAUUUUGUUCUUUCGCAUGAGAACAUAUGCUGUUCCUUAUUUCUUUCUAGGGAUUUCUCGUAGUUGAGACCUGGGGAUGGGUUUCUCAGGUUUCUAUUUCUCGCAAAACUUAUGUUUCUCUCCAUGGGUUAACUGUGGCGUGCAGCUUUUAUAGCAUGGGACAAGGAACCCCGGUUGUUAAUGGGGCGAGCACAACGGCUGGGGCGAGUAAACCGCAAUCGGCAACUCCAGUAGUAGCAUCCAGCAAUUCGUCGCAGACUGGUAAAGAAUUCGAUUUCUCGUCUUUAACUCAAGGCAUGUUCUCCAAGCAUUGAGCUCUGGACAGGCCAGUCAAGAGUCAUUGGCUUUUGACCAACAGUCUCUACACACAUAAGCAUGCACCCGCGAAGUUAGAAGUUUGUACACUACACAGCGAAAAUAGCAAUCUGCUUCCUCUUAUUUUUUUCUGGCAUUUUCCCAUGUCCUGAUAACUGUAUUGUUGAUAAAAUGAUUGUACACUAUUUGUAGAUGCAGUUCCCUCCUUUUCUUUGGCUCUGAUGUUCUCAUUUGUAUUUUGAGCAGAUUCAUUAUGAGCAAUAAAAAAAAAUUAUGAUGGGCUUUUAGGUUUGCUUUCAGCAAAUAUUCUUGGAUGCCCUCAUUUCAUUGCAACAUAUAUGAAGGAGCAUUGAUCCCGACCCACCAAUUGGCUUACAAACAGGGUUGAUGAAUGAUGAACAAGGAAACAGGUAGAUUGUCCCCGUCAACCAACCCUUAAAACAAACAAACAUACAAGCCUUACUUCUGAGAAGUGACGGGUAAGACUGGAGAAUCCCUCAGCAGCCAAAAACAAAAACUGAAGCAAAGAAAAGGUGUUGCUGCAAAGCAAGAAAUAUGGUUUCUACUUCAACACA